AUAAUGUAAUAGUAUGAGCACUGAAAUAUCUCCAGACGCUUUGUUUCUCUUUGUACGUUUGUUGUUUAUAUGUGAAAACUCAAUAAAAACCCGAGUGUGACAGAAAGAUGCCUCAUGCAGUGUGAGACUGAUGAGGUAACGACGGCACUACACUCACUCACUGUGCAGAAUAGUUAGUUUAAUACUGUGCACACCAGAAAAACCUCAGAUAGCAGAAAUUGACAUAUAGAUAAACACACCACACAGGCACGUGCACACACACACACACUGGUUAUUUGUUACCGUGCACUGCUGUGUCAAAACAUCUUAACGUGACUUGGAGUAAAUUAAUAGACGAGAUCUCGACAGAAUGUGGACACAAGCGUCUCCCGUCACAUCAACAUUUGACGGUUUUACCUGAGAGCAGCUGUUCUGAACCUGUGAGUCAGUCAGGAUCCCUCGAGGGCUCACAAGAUAAAAAUAAGCAAUAACAAGUAAUAACUGUGACUAAAACAGUGACUUUAAUUAUUUCAAUAACAUGAACAUUUCCAUCUUACAUGAGCAAGUGUCACAUUUAAUGUAGGUUUUCCAUCACAUUGAGAACCAUCUAAAUAAACAUAAUGUCUUUAUUAUUACAGAGAUAUACAUGAAAGUUAUGCAUUUCAAAUAGGUUGUUCUAGCAGUUUUUAUUAUUGUCGCUUAAUUUAUACACAUGGGCUCAAUAUGAUAAAAACUUUGCAUUGAAUUUGAGCCUUUACAGUAAACUUAUGUAACAGAACUAGAUGGGAAAUGUACUUAUCAUUAAUAUACUCAAAAUAACUGUCUAAGAUAAUUAUUUAGUGUUUUGUUAAUGUGUGAAAAUCCCACCUAACUGGUUUGAGUCCAGACUUCAUUCUCUGCCUGUUUUUAUCCCACUUUUUUAGUCUGUUUACUUUCAAUAAAGACAUAAAACGCCACAAAAUACAACAAUAUGUGAAGGAAGAAGCUUUUCUCAUGCCCACACUGAGACCCAAACCUGUGACAAGGGGUCACAAGCACAUAUUGCCUCAUUUUAAAGUCCAGUGUAUAUGAUGUAGGUGGAUCUAUUGUCAGGAAUUGAAUGCAACAUUCAUAAUGUGACCUCAGAAUGAGUCUUUUCUGUCUACAGAGGGAGCGCGGCCUCUUCAACACAGUCCGCCAUGUUUUUUUGAGUAGCUUUGAACUGACAAACAAACACCGGCUGGGCGUUUUGCAUUUUUUUUUUGGUGUCUGCCAUACUUCCACCACGCUGGUAGGGGAACGUGAAGGGAGGAGCAGAAUUUCCAAAUUGAUUUGGUUGCAAAAUGCAAAACCACUUAAUCCUACACACUGGACCUUUAAGGGUUUCAACCAAAUUAGGUAACAACUGACAGCCUCAGAAAGCACAGCAGGGUCCAACAUAUCCCAUAAUUGAUUUUACUGCGUUCACUGAUUAGGUUAGUAUUUGUUUUGACUGAUAUCAUUCUAACGGCUGUUAAAGCUACAAAUAAAUAAAGUGCUUGUUCUUGUAAAUGUGCAGAAGAAAAAAUAAACAAUCGGUUGGAGGAAAUAAAUACAUCCAUGAAACUUUCCUUUUUAAAAACCACUUUAAGAUCCAGGUUUUCCCUUUGAUUUCCUGUUGAGUAGCUCUUUCUUCGCUCGCCAGCAGGCUGCUUCCAAUUUAAAAUGGGUUUUUAAAAAGAAUCCUUACAAGUAUAAUGUUUGCAAAAGAAAGCCAGAGAGGCAUUACUGUGGUCUGCUGGAGCAUUUUAGUCUAGUUUCUUUUUGUUUUUUUUUCUUGGCUGUGUUACAGUCGAGACUCUUCUAAGACAGGGAUGUUUAAUCGAAGCUGAAACACACAUUCCUGAUGCUUAACAGACCAUUUGUAUGUUUUUAAAGAGUAAGGAGGUCAUUGAAAUUAGUUUAUCUUAAAUAAAUAGGCAUAAAAAACAAAGAUUCAAGCUCUUAAAACAAUAUGAAACCUCUUAUGUAACUUCGUGGAGAAGUAUCAGCGCUUUGAGUCGAAGUAAACGAGUAGAUCGCGACUCGCAGGCAACAGAUCUGCUUAAAAUUAUCCCCUUGUAUGUAUCACAUGGCACUGUGAGUUUCUCUGAGUGGAGGAUGACUCAUUCAUUCAGCCUGCACACCCAUUACAGUGAGAGAGAGACAUAGAGGGAGACAGAGACAGAGAGAGAGAGAGAGAGAGAGAGAGUGAGAGUGAGGACCAACCACCUACCAAGUGCCAAAGUUGAGGCCAGCCUCUCUCCUCUCCUCCCAUCUCAUUCUUUCCUACAUGGGCACCGUCAGAUGGACUUGCAGACAGCGCAGUAACGGACUGAGCAGUGCCGGAGACCUCAGAGAGACUCUCAUCACAAGACAGCAAAAGAAAAUUAACAGAAAAGUCUACGAAUACAUCUCGGAGCAGCAUUUUCUCUUCUCCUGACGAGCUUUAAAAAGACAGCAAGUAAGAACAAUGGCGACGCCCAAAAACACUCCCCGAGGUGCAAACACACCAAUCUCCCCCAACCGCAUCACUCGCCUCCAGGAGAAGGAAGAUCUGUCCAACCUCAACGACCGGCUGGCCGUCUACAUCGACAAGGUGCGCUUCCUGGAGGCCGAGAACGCCGGCCUGCGUCUGCGCAUCACCGAGUCGGAGACCGAGGUCAGCCGGGAGCUGACGGGCCUGAAGGCGGCGUACGAGACGGAGCUGGCCGAUGCCCGUCAGACUCUGGACUCCGUGGCCAAAGAGAGGGCGCGUCUGCAGCUGGAGCUGGGCAAGCUGAGGGAGGACUACAAGGAGCUGAAGGCAAGGAACACCAAAAAGGAGUCGGACUUGGCCGGAGCGCAGCAGAGGCUCAAAGACCUGGAGGCUCUGCUCAACUCCAAGGAUGCGUCCCUGACUACGGCUCUGGGAGAGAAGCGCAACCUCGAGGUGGAAAACAGGGACCUGAAGGCGCAGGUUGCCAAGCUGGACACCAGUUUGGGCGAUGCCAGGAAGCAGCUGCAGGAUGAGAUGCUGCGGAGGGUGGACGGAGAGAACCGCAUCCAGACCCUCAAGGAGGAACUGGACUUUCAGAAAAACCUCCACUCCGAGGAACUGCGGGAAGUCAAGAGGCGCCACGAGUCUCGUAUGGUGGAGAUGGACAAUGGCCACCAGCAAGAGUUUGAAAGCAAGCUGGCGGAGGCGCUGGCCGAGAUGCGUAACCAGCACGAGCUGCAGAUCAAAAUGUACAAGGACGAGAUCGAGAAGACGUACAACUCCAAGCUGGAAAAUGCCCGUCAGUCGGCCGACAGGAGCAGCCACCUGGUCGGAGCGGCACACGAGGAGCUGCAGCAGACGCGAAUCCGCCUGGAGUCCAUGUCGGCUCAGCUCAGCCAGCUGCAGAAACAGCUGGCGGCCCGUGAGGCGAAGAUAAGGGACCUGGAGGACGCUCUGUCUCGGGAGCGGGACACCACUCGCCGCCUGCUGGGAGAGAAGGACAGAGAAAUGGCCGAGAUGAGGCAGCAGAUGCAGCAGCAGCUGGACGAGUACCAGGAGCUGCUGGACGUCAAGCUGGCUCUGGAUAUGGAGAUUUGUGCCUACAGGAAGCUGCUGGAAGGAGAGGAGCAGAGGCUGCGUCUCUCCCCAAGCCCCCCGCCCAUCAAAGUGACAGCGAGUCGCUCCUCUGCAUCAGCUCACUCUCGAUCGGUCAACUACAGCAGCCAGAACUCUCCUGCCAAGAGGCGCCGCCCCAACGACACCGACAGCGAGGCCUCCAGCUUCACGGGUGGAGCCGUGGCCCGCACUCGCAUCACCCAGCAGGCCUCAGCCAGCGGACGGGUCACCGUGGACGAGGUGGACCUGGAGGGGAAAUAUGUCCGACUGAGCAACAAAGCAGAUGAGGAUCAAAACCUGGGGAACUGGCAGCUGAAGCGGCAGGUUGGAUCCGGUGCUCCCAUCAUCUUCAAGUUCCCGGUGAAAUUCACCUUGAAGGCCGGACACAGGGUGACGAUCUGGGCUUCUGGUGCUGGUGGGACUCACAAUCCUCCCUCUGACCUGGUGUGGAAGACUCAGCCCUCCUGGGGCACCGGAGACCUGUUCCAGACCACCUUGAUCAGUGCCAGUGGAGAGGAAAUGGCGAUGAGGAAGGUGACCCGCACACAGCUGGAAGAAGAAGACGAUGACAUGCAGGUGGCUCACAGCACCUGUGGGGACAGUGAGUACAACCUGCGGAGCCGGACGGUGGUCUGCGGCUCCUGCGGACUUCCUUCAGACAAAUCCAGCAGCUGCUCGGUGAGCUCAGCCUCCCGCUCGUUCCGCAGCGGAGGCCUCUCCGAGGGUUUACUGCCGCACUCCUACGUGUUCAGCACCAGCACCCCUCGCAAGGCCGGAUUUGGAAUGGAGAGCUGUCCAAUCAUGUGAGCCUCUGGAUCCUGAAACACUUCAACUAUUCAAGUAGUUUUUAGUUGGUAGUUCUUUAGUUACCAGUUAUAAUUAGAAGUUCAGUUCAUGUACUUUUGAAUUAUGUUAAAGAUACUGUAUGCAAUAAAACCUCAUACUGCUUUUUUUUUAUAAUGUAUAUAGGCAUGCCUUUGACAUAUGUUCUUGAAUAUAAAAGGUGAUUAAAGCAGCCACUUUUGUAUCAGUGACAUUAAGGGUUUGAAACUUCUACCAGUCUUCCAGUAAAUAGUAAAUCCAGAGCUUUUCAGAUGCUCUAGCAGCUUUAAACAACUGCUCGGACUAAUUAAUAAAGCUGGUGAUACCAACAGA